ACUGCUUCUCCGUGGACUGGGGAUGGGAGCAAUGCAGCCAUGUGCUUUUUUACCCGCAGUGUCCCUAUAGGGAUGCACAUUGCGGCCUUCUCCGUGCCUAACCACCAGUGGGGAGGGGGGACUGCCUCGCUAACACAUGGCAGCACUUAAACUACAGUGAUAGGCUUGUGUAAAAAUGGCUUCUUACACCUGCAUUUCAUGCCGAGUGGCCUUCACAGACCCAGAUAUCCAGAGAGCUCACUACAAGACCGACUGGCACAGGUACAAUCUGAAGAGGAAAGUGGCUGACAUGCCUCCGGUAACAGCAGAGAACUUUCAAGAGCGUGUCCUGUCCCAGAGGGCUGUGGUGAAGGAGCAGAGCAAGGAAACGGCCACAUACUGCACAGCUUGCAGCAAGAGGUUUUCCACAUUCAAUGCCUAUGAAAACCACCUGAAGUCCAAAAAGCACUUGGACUUGGAGAAGAAGGCAGCAGAAGCAGUCACAAAGAAAGUUGAGAUGCUGAAUGAGAAGAACCUAGAGAAAGGUCUGAGUGUGGACAGCGUAGACAAGGAUGCCAUGAAUGCUGCCAUCCAGCAAGCUAUCAAAGCACAGCCCUCUUGCUCUCCCAAAAAGAAACCCAACACUGGUCAAGAAAGUGAUGUCGCUUCAUGUUCUGGCAAACCAGAGAGGCCUGAUAAACCGCCCAGAUUGCAAUGGUAUGAACAGCAAGCCCUGAAACUGGCAUCUCACGAGGAGACAACAGAUUCUGUGGAGGAAGAGGAAGGUUGGGAAGACUUGGAUUCAGAGGACGCUGAGGAAGACAGCGAUGAUGAGAUGGAGGAUGCUGAUGGAGCUGAUGAAGGAGGUUCUGCAGCUGCUGCUCCAGAGAGCAGCUCCCCCACUGGGGCUAUUCCUGUAACGGACUGCUUGUUUUGCCCUCACCACUCCCAUUCUUUGGUGAAGAGUAUUGCUCAUAUGACCAAAGUCCAUAGCUUCUUCAUUCCUGACAUAGAGUAUCUCCAGGAUCUUCAGGGUCUCAUUCGCUACUUAGGCGAGAAGGUUGGUGUUGGGAAGAUAUGUCUAUGGUGUAAUGAAAGGGGAAAAUCCUUUUACACUACAGAGUCUGUUCAGGCUCACAUGAAUGACAAGAGUCACUGCAAGCUGUUCACUGACGGCGAUGUUGCACUGGAGUUUGCCGACUUCUAUGACUUUAGGUCCAGUUAUCCGAAUGACAAAGAUGGAGAAGACGUAGAAAUGACUGACAAGGUUCUGCCAGAUGAGAAGAAUUUAGAGUAUGAUGAGGAGACAAUGGAGUUGGUCCUGCCUUCAGGUGCUAGAGUUGGCCAUCGCUCACUGAUGAAAUACUACAAACAAAAAUUUGGUUUGUCAAGAGCUCUGGUGGUUUCCAAAAACCAAAAAGCGGUGGGCCGUGUCUUACAGCAGUACAAGGCUCUAGGGUGGACUGGAGGGACUGGUGUCGCUUACCAGCAUGGGCGUGAUAUGCAGUACGUACAAAAGAUGAAGUCUAAGUGGAUGCUAAAAACUGGAAUGAGUAAUAACGCUACAAAGCAGAUGCACUUCAGACACCAAAUCAUGUUUUGAAGCUUUGACUUGGUGAAUGGCGAUUGCUUUAUUUCAGAUAAAGCAUCCAUUGCCACGGUCAUGGUAUACAGUCUUGUGGGAGUUACUGACUUGGGCUAAUGUUAAUGAGUGUCCGAUAGACUGCUAAUUAAACAUCAGCCCCAGCAGCGCCUUGUUGUUCUUACAGUAACAGAGUCUGGGAAUACCUACAAGAUGUAUUGGUGAACCACAAUUGCAGCCUCUCCUUCUGAUUGUCUGUAUUCUAAUUCAUAAUAAGUUCUGUUCUUCCAAAUUGAAGGGUGUUCUUGUGUUAAAGAAGACUCACAGAUGGUUAACUACGUAUAUUCUGGAAGUUUAUGUAAUGCAUAUAAUAAAAAGCAAAGAAAACAAAUCUGUCCCCAGUAUGGUUUAUUACCAUUUGUUGAACUAAUUGUACUUUUGAAAAAAAAAAAAAAUGCUUUCUGAUACAAUAUUUUACAAAUAAAAAUGCUGUUAAUUCAAAUAAAAUUUGGCAACUGAUUGAGAA